GGUUACGGAAACCGAGGAAGCCGAGGGCGGAUUCUGCCUUUAGGAAGUUUAGCUGAAGAAACCCAGGUAGCGGAGGUGAAGAGGUUAUCCUGGGUCCAAUGGCGACCGUGGAGGGUACCGGCAGCGGCGAGAAAGGACAGGGAGGCGAGACCUCAGUCACCUACUAUCGGUUGGAGGAGGUGGCGAAGCACAACUCUGUGAAGGAACUAUGGCUGGUGAUCCACGGACGAGUCUACGAUGUCACCCGCUUCCUUGACGAGCAUCCUGGUGGAGAAGAGGUUCUGCUGGAACAAGCUGGUGUAGAUGCAAGUGAAAGCUUUGAAGAUGUAGGCCAUUCCUCUGAUGCCAGAGAAAUGCUAAAGCAAUACUACAUUGGUGAUAUCCAUCCGAAUGAUCUUAAAUCUCAAAGUGGUAGCAAGUUGCUGGUCAUAUUGGAUUUUCCCCAUUGUGGGCGCUGUUCUCUUAGGUUUCCUGUAUCGUUACUACACAGCGGAAAGCAAAUCCUCCUAAGAAGACCUUGUUGAAGUCUGGGAAACACAUCCAUGUGGGAGUGAAAGUUGAAAAGACUUGCUUUGGGGCUGCAACAGUGUCCCUGGAAUCCUGCCAAUUGUAUUCUCCCCAACUUGGAACCAGGACGGUUGACCAGAUGUCCACCUCCAAUCUGGGACAGGUGUCCUUCCUCUCUCAGAGCCUUACUCCCAGAGCACCUUCUCAUUGUUGUGUCCUGGCCACUAUUUCUUCUCAUCACUGGUUUCCACAAGUACCCUUACACUUCACAAGUUUAUGUUGCUGAUUGCAGUUCACACAUUGUAGUAACAUUGCUCUGUGGGAAAAAAUGCCUGCUUUCCGAUACUUUGAAUGCACAUUAGAGUUUCUUAUCAGGGUAGCACUCUGGUUUUUGAAAUUUUUCUUUUUUUCAUUUUUAAAAAUCUUUUUUAAAUUCUGAUUUGAUUCUGUUAUUUACCAUAAGGGGUUUCAGAUGUGAAGUAAAAAUGCACACCUAUUAUUUACAACAUGACUGCCAAAUGACCUUGUUCCCUAUUUAUGUUUGUUAAAACUAGAGAGAACUAUGUGGUCAUCUCCCUUCCAGGCUAGUGUAGCUGGUAGCACUUCCCACCCCCUCAGUCCAGCCCCUUUUUUUCCCAAGAAGUGCUGGACAAAACUGUGCUUUCUUGGGGGUGGGACCAGCCAACAAAAGAAAGGAAUGGAUUGGGUGGGGUAAUUAAACCCUGACAAAUUAAGAGUAAUCUUUCUUGGGGCCGGGGAUUUAGCUUACUGGUUCCGCCACCUGCCUGGCAAGUGUAAGGUCCUGAGUUCUAUCCCCGGUACCAAAAAAAAAAAUCUUUCUUUUGAAAAAUAUUUUUAAAACACUUCUUUAGGGCAGGAGUUUAGAAAAGGCACCAAAACCUUUUCUUUUGUUUGGUACCGCCUUCUAACUCACACUCUCCCUCCCUCUCCCUCUCUCUCUCUCUCUCUCUCUCUCUCUCUCUCUCUCUCUCUCUCUGUGUCCCCUCUCUUAUUGGUAAAAAAAGAAUGAAUAAUUAUGUCUAUAGAGUUUUACCAAGGAUUCUUACCACUUUUUGUAUGAUUAGCAAAAUUUUGAUUCCUCAUUUUACAAAAGCAAGAGACUCAGUGAAAUAAUUUCCAUAUAAAGUAUCAUUUGAAAAUGAAAGAUCAUAACAAGAGACUGCUUUCCAUUCCAUCUGUAUUUUUACCUCCAUGGCUCCAACUUGUGGUUCUAUUUGACUCAAAAUAAACAAUAAUAAUUUUAAAAACUGG